AUGUCUGAAAUUAAUGAUUCUGAUUCUGAAAAACGUUUAAUUGUUUUUUUCGGUACUCCUGACGGAACGAUAUUCAUACCUCCUACUUUUUACCUUGAUCGUUUGAAAUGUGCAUACAAUAUUUCAGAAAUUAUUUCGAUUUGUGCCAAUAUUCCAAAAAAAUUGGCAGCCGUUUUGCGUGUAAACAACAAUACGCUUUUGAUAAUCGAUUGUGAAUCGUAUUACCACAAUUGUUCUGUUCUCAAGGCAAAACAUUUAGUAGAAUUAAUUAGCGAUUUGGGUAGAGAUCAUGAUAGUACGUAUAAUAGCGUUUACACCUAA